CUCUCCAUCUCAAAAUGGCGGACGAGGCGAUUCUCCAAGAAUACUUAGAAUCGGCUGUUGRCAUUGCGAGAAAAGCGGGAGAGGUUAUUAAUGAAGCUUUCCACAAGGACAAGACAAUAUCAACGAAGACUGCUUUAACAGAUUUGGUGACGGAAACAGAUCAAAAUGUGGAAAAGCUUAUCAUUGGGACACUCAAAGAUAAAUACCCUACACACAGUUUYAUAGGUGAAGAGUCUGUCUCAGCUGGCGAGCCAUGUAARCUUACAGACAAUCCCACAUGGAUCAUUGACCCAAUUGAUGGAACUACCAACUUUAUUCAUAGGUAUUCAUUUGUAUGUGUUAGCAUUGGCUUAGCUAUAAACAAAGAGGUGCAAGUUGGUUUAGUGUACAAUAGUGUAUUGAAUGAAAUGUACACAGCCAUCAAAGGUAAAGGUGCAUAUCUAAAUGGAAAGAAAAUCACAGCAAGCAAGGAAACAGAGCUUGGUAGAUCUCUAAUCAUCACAGAGUUAGGCUCAAAUCGCUCRAAGGAAAGGUUAGAUGUCGUAAUGAAGAACUUAAGAACAAUAGCUGAAGAACCAAAUGCAAUUCAUGGUGUUCGUAUAGGAGGCUCUGCAGCCUGUAAUCUCUGUGCUGUGGCYCGUGGAGCUGCGGAUGGGUAUUUCCAGUUUGGUAUCCACGUAUGGGACAUUGCUGCUGGUUUGUUGAUAGUUUCAGAGGCUGGAGGUGUUGUUUGUAAUCCCAAAGGUGGACCUUUAAAUAUGAUGUCUCGUAUGAUUCUUGCUGCUGGUACAGAUGUCUUGGCAGACUCAUUAAUACAGCAAAUUGUACCCAUUGAAUAUCCAUCAGAUUGAAGACUGCAUUAUAUAAUGGCUGAACUGAAGACCAGUAAAUACUGUCAAGAUUAUUGUUCUUUUUAUUUAGUUAGAUACUCAUUUAUUUAUUUGUCUUUUCGUGUAUAUUAGUUUUAAUGAGAAGAAUAAUUGCUUUAUGUUCUUAAGUGCCACAAGGCGUGAAGAAGUUAGAUAUUUUUAUCAAAGAUUAUCCAUAAACUAAUAGGAUGUGGAGCAUGUAUAAGAGAGAUACCAUUACCUUUGCCACAAUCUUAAACAGAGGUUUUGAGAAUUAAUGCACCAAUAAGUGCUAUAAAUUCAACAGAAAUUGUGCUCUCCAUCCUCUACUCAUCUAAAUCACAUUCGCUAGCUUCUAAAUUACAUCCAGMAAUGUAUGUGUGAUCUCCUACGUGCAACUAUGGACUUGGCAAUAUUCAGCAAUAUUACAACAAUUCUUUGUACAUAAAUAUAAUUCCAUAAUUUAUCAGUCUAGCAGUGCUAGCUGUGGAUGGAUAAUGUCCAACACAAAAUACAGUCUAUAUUAUUAUAUGAUUUUGGAAUUAAAUUUUAAUUUUAUUCGACAGUAUUAUUACAAUUGAAAUUAUUUUAUAGGUGAUAGGCUGUUAUGCGUAAAUAGUUAUUUAAUCAAGCAUUUGUACAUAUAGGAUUACAAUAAGUAUUGUGAAUAAAGAGUAUUGUUGGGA